AUGGGGAGAGGGAAGGUGGGCACGGUGCGAACCGGCACAGCCGGGCGGGGGUGGGAGCGGAGGUGUGCAAGCGCGCGCGGGGCGGGGUGCGCUGCCCUCCCGCGGCGCCGUGCGCAGGGCGAGCGGUGCUCUCCCGCGCUGGCCGUGCAGAGGUGGCAGCCUGCGCUCCCGUCGGCUGCCGCCGCCGCGCUCCCGCGCCCCUCCCAGCUCGCCUCUGCGGCGCGGAGAGAGGGGCAGGACCUCUUUCCCGAGGAAGGCGGCAGCAGGGCGCGGGCGGCACCCGCGCGAGUAGUUUGGGGAAGAGGUGAAGAAGGUGCUGGAACUGCGCUGUGCCGCUGCCCCCCUGGAGGGGCGGGGAGGAGCCAGUCUGACGGGCCUGGGAUCAGCUGUGUCUGGCCGUUGGGACUGGAAUGCACGGUCUGCCUAGAAGAAAAAUGGCUUUUUUCCUACAUGAGAGAGGAGCUGAGGAAGCACAAGAGAAGCUUGAUAAUUUGCAUCAAUUAUGGGAAGAAGAGGGAUAUUUUGAAGGCAUUCUGUAAAAUAACCAUGGUCAACAAGAAUUUCGACAGGGGGAAGGACUUUCAUCCUUCAACACCCACCCAGGUUGGACAAGGGACUUGAGAGAAGUGGGAAGCCUGACUGCCAAUGAAGACUGAGGCAAAGAACUUGGACCCACGUGUGGAUGAAACCACCUUGCCUAGGUGUUAAUCAGAGAAUUAUAGGAUAUGGUGAGUUGGAAGGGACCCACAAUUGUGAAAGUGUUUUGAAAACUUCUACAAAGUGUGUUUGUGUAGAGUGUCCCUCAGAGUCCUUGCCAUUUAAAGAGGA